UCGAUUUAUGCGACGGCAGCAGUGCAGUGACUCUAUUGAUGAAUUAUAGUGUGUGCUUGUGAUUGAUUUAAUUUAUUGUUCAGCUUUUGGUGGGGCAGCUCAUUUAGAAUUACAUCUGAAGAUGAAGAAAGAAUAAGGUCAUAACUGAAUCUGCAAGCAUGUCCCAAGAAGAGCCGGAAAAUCAUGCGCCGGAUGUUGCAGAGCACGAAACUGAGGAGCAACUGGAUAGUAAUCUUGCGAAUGAGAAUGGAUACCAUGACGAUCUUGUACAGAUGGUUCAACAUGAAUAUAUGAUGACUCAGGAUGAGGGUUUAAAGACCCGUCCUGGAUCUGAUCUGCAGGCUGAGAAUGAUGAUUCUGUUCAGCCUGACCCACAAGAAGUACAGGAACGGAAUGAUGAUUCUGAUCCGCCUGACCUAGAGCGUAGCUUACAGGCUGGGGAUAAUGAUUCUGAUCAACCUGACUCAAAAGAUCUCGGGGAUGAUCUCACAGAUCUUAGUGGAGAAAUUGAGUCACUGAAGAGACAACUUCUUGAAGAAAGGCAGACACGAUAUGCUGCCGAGGAGGCUAUGAAGCAUCUAAGAGCUGCACACUUGGAGGCAGAUACGAGAGCACAAGAGCUUGCUGCUAAAUUUGAUGAAGCUCAAAAGAAGAUGGAUCAAGAAAUCAAGGAGCGAGAUGAGAAGUAUUCUGAACUUGACACUAAGUUCAACAGGCUUCACAAAAGAGCCAAACAACGUAUUCAGGAGGUGCAAAAGGAAAAAGAUGACCUUGAGGUCCAGUUCCGUGAAGUUAGGGAGAAAGCUGAUAUGGCGUCGUCCCAGUUGUCAUCAAUCAAGCAGGAGUUGGAGCGGAAACAACAACAUGCUAAUGAAGCACUGAAAGCAAUGGAUGGAGAGAGGCAGCAAUUGCGAAGUGCAAACAACAAACUCCGGGAUAGCCUUGAAGAAUUACGUCAUUCUUUGAUUCCGAAAGAGAGUGCUUUGGAGGCAAUGCAACAAACACUUGGGGAAAAAGAACAGAUGCUGGAAGACCUGCAGGGGUUACUCGCGUUGGCUGACGAAAAGCGGCAAGCUUCACUUACAGAACUCUCCCUAAAGCAUCAAAAGCAAGUAGAGAAUUUGGAAGCCCAAAUUGCUGAGGUUUUAGCAGAGAGAAGCCGAGCAACUGAGACAAUUUCAUCUCUGCGGGCUUUAAUUCUGGAAAAAGACACCAAGAUUGCAGAGAUGGAUGCAGCUUCAAGUGGUGAAGCUGCACGACUUAGAGCUGCCAUGGAGACUUUGAAAGGAGAGCUCAAUCAUCUGAAAAAUGAACAUGAGAAAGAAAAAGGGGUCCUGGAAACUACAUUGCAGUCCUUGAAAUCAAAGCUGGAGAUUUCUGAGAGUAACAGAAUACAUGCUGAAGUUGAAGCAGCAAAAUUGAGAAGUCAAUUGGAGUCGGAACUCUCUGUGCAAAAUCAGCUGCUGAAUAACAAAGAUUCUGAGCUGAUGGAAGCCAAUGAAAAGAUAAAUCGCAUUGAAAGGGAAUUUUCUUCUUACAAAGUUCGAGCUCAUGCGUUGCUUCAGAAAAAAGAUGCUGAAUUAGCUUCUGCAAGGGACAAUGAUCAAGUCAAAGCUCUUGAGGAAGCUCUGAAGGAUGCUGAAAAAGAAAUACUAUUGGUAAAUUCAGAAAAGGAUAAAGCUCUCCAGGACCUUAAAGAUGUUCAGAAAAAUUUGGAUAAGGAGAUUUUCACCAGAGAUGAAGCUCUCAGCAUAGCAGAGCAACAGAUUAAGAGCUUGCAAUUGAAGUUUGACUCUACUCUUUCUAAACAUCAAUCUGAGAAAGAAGCAUGGGAUAGCAGCCUCCAAAAUGUGGAAGAAACAUGGCGAUUGAGAUGUGAGGCACUGGAAAGGCAAAAUGAAGAGUGUUCCACUCAAAAUUUGGAAAAAGAAGUAUAUGAGCUGAAGUUACAAUGUAAAAAGCUGAAGGAGGAGCAACGUUCUUUUCAUGAUCUGGCUGAUAAAAUGAUAGAGGAGAAGGACAAAGAGAUUUCUAGGCUUUUGGAUGAUAAUGAGAACCUCCGUCAGUUGCUGGACUCAAGGCCUUCUGUUGAAUACUCCGAGGACCAUACAGCUCUUCAUAAACAGGAAGCCUCAACUUCUAGUACUUCAGCUGCAGAUCAACAGAUCCUAAUUUUGGCAAGACAACAAGCCCAAAGGGAAGAUGAGCUUGCCCAAACGCAACGACAUAUUCUCGCACUUCAAGAGGAACUUGAAGAGCUGGAGCACGAAAAUCGCCUUCACCGGCAGCAGGAAGCCAUGCUAAAAGAAGAACUUAGGAACAUGGAAAGAAUGCAGAAGAGGGAAGGAGUGGAUUUGACAUAUCUUAAAAAUGUCAUCUUAAAGCUUCUAGAGACAGGUGAGGUGGAGAGAUUGCUACCUGUUGUAGGAAUGCUUCUUCAGUUCAGCCCUGAUGAGAUACAGAAGUGCCAACAAGCCUACCGGGCUUCAAGUGAAGUUCCGCCUAGCCCUUCAAGUGAUUCUUCACGAUCUGCGCCGUCUCUCUUCUCAAGAUUCUCAUUUGCAUAGAGAGAAUGGAAAUACUUUUGAAAAUAUAUGAUGGAAUGGAAGAGCACGGACCAAAUAUUACAUAUUCUUACUGGAAUACUAAAAUCAGAUAUCUUUGUGUUCUUUAUGUACUAUAAAAUAUUGAUUAAAUGUUUUAAAAUAUCUGUUAGAACGGAAAUAGAAAUGGGAUACUCUGUUUACGGAGUAGGCCAAUUGAGAUACAGGCAUACAGCUUUUACAGAAAAAUUGUCGAAAGUUUUGUACAGACGAUUUCAUUUAACUUUCACCAUUUGAGCUGAUGAAAGGAAUCAUAUUCUUUAUUUUAAA